GGCCCUCUGCGUCUCUCCCCCGCCCCGGCCAGCGUAGCAGUCGGGCCGAGUCCUCUCCGCUUGGGCUUUAUCCCCGGGCUCUGAUCCGUAAGACUCGGCGCGAACGGAGGCGGCCGCCAUUUGCUGGCCGGACCCCCAGGAUGGCCCCCAAACUCCCAAACUCUGUGGAGGAGCUCCGCACCGCCGGCAACGUGAGCUUUCGCAACGGCCAAUUCUGCGAGGCCGCCACGUACUACAGCCUCGCGCUGAGGCUGAUGCUGGAGCGAGGUGCAUCGGACCCUAAGGAAGAGAGUGUUCUCUACUCCAACCGAGCGGCAUGCCACCUGAAGGAUGGGAACUGCAGGGACUGCAUCAAAGACUGCACUGCAGCCCUGUCCUUAAUGCCCUUCAGCAUAAAGCCCUUGCUGCGGCGAGCGUCGGCCUACGAGGCUCUGGAGAAGUACGCCCUGGCCUACGUGGACUACAAGACUGUGCUGCAGGUCGACGGCAGCGUGCUGUCGGCCUUGGAAGGCGUCAACAGAAUGACCAAAGCUCUCAUGGACUCGAUGGGGCCUGACUGGCGCCUGAAGGUGCCUUCCGUGCCCUUGGUGCCUGCUUCCAUCCAGAAGAAGUGGAAUCCCUUGUCUUCGGAGCAUCACAAAGAGACGGCUAAAAGCAAAUCCAAACAGAUCUCAGCUGCCAAGGGCAGAGUGCCUUCCUCUGGGGAUGUGGAGAGAGCCCGAGUUCUGAAGGAAGAAGGCAACGAGCUGGUAAAGAAGGGGAACCACAAGAAGGCUAUUGAGAAGUACAGUGAGAGCCUCUCAUUCAGCAACCUGGAAUCUGCCACCUACAGCAACAGAGCACUGUGCCACCUCGUCCUGAAGCAGUACAAGGAGGCGGUGAAGGACUGCACCGAAGCCCUCAAGCUGGACGGGAAGAACGUGAAAGCCUUUUACAGGCGGGCUCAAGCCUACAAGGCUCUCAAGGACUAUAAGUCCAGCUUCGCAGACAUCAACAGCCUCCUGAAAAUUGAGCCCAGGAACGGCCCCGCCCAGAAGCUGCAGCAGGAGGUCAACCAGAGCUUAAACUAAACACCCAAGGGGGCGGCAGGAACCUCUGCUGGCCGACCUCCCUCCGUGCCUGCUCCUGGGCCCCGGCAUGCCCCCGAGUGCGCUCUGAAGCACCGCCCUCUGCCCCUCGAAGAGGUAACGGCCUCCCUCCCCUUAAGAGGUUUUGUUCAAAUGAAGGUCAGUGUAGCCAAAAACCAGACGUCGUUUUCCUGGAAAGGUCCCCCGCUGUGCUGAAGCCGUGUUCUCCGUUCCCCCUUCCCCGAUAGCUAGCGGAUCAGAAGACAGGCCCUCAGUAAAGCGCGGGCCCCGUCCCCGCCCCAAGCAUGCCCCGGGCUGAGUGCUGCCUUUCACUCACCUCACCAGCCUCACCUCACUGUGGUUCAUCUGUGCGAACUGAGCGGGUAGGGGGUGCCCACGGGACCAGAAAACCCUGUCCCACCCACACCUCAAGCAGCCUGUUGAGCUGGUUCUCCAGGGCUGCCAUCCUGCCGUGUCCUUGGCAUAGCGCCCUGGGCUCUGAGCUCCAGGCCCUUCUGGCCAGGACCCGCUCUGGUGGGGACGCAGAGCCGCGACUCUCGGGUGGCUCUGACGGGCUGUGGGCUGCCUCCUGCGUGGAGGCUCCUGCGCUGCUGCAGGGGCCUGGCCGUGUGACCUCUUCUGAAGGCGGGGCGGGAAGACAGGCCUCCUUGAGGUCGGCGUCCUUCUGUUCUGGGCAGGGACCUGCCUUUUGAUCCCAACUGUGGCUCCCUCCAGGUUUCGUAGUUCUUUGUUCCCCGAGGUUACGUUGAACUGACUGACUCCGGUUUUGUUGAACUGUGUGUUUAAGUGAUUCCAUUAAACGUCUUUCUUCUACAUAAA